UGUGGUGGCUCCAGGACAGCCACUGGAAGUGGCUUCUCUGCCCUGUUCUCUCCACAGGAACAGGAUGAGCCAGGGGAACUCCAACCCGGCCGCAGUGCCGCACGCCGCUGAAGAUAUCCAAGGAGAUGACAGGUGGAUGUCACAGCACAACAGGUUUGUCUUGGACUGCAAAGACAAGGAGCCUGACGUGCUGUUCGUGGGGGACUCCAUGGUGCAGCUGCUGCAGCAGUAUGAGAUCUGGCGAGAGCUCUUCUCACCACUCCAUGCUCUGAACUUUGGGAUCGGUGGAGACACCACAGGACAUGUCCUAUGGAGGCUGAAGAACGGUGAACUGGAGAACAUUAAACCCAAGGUCAUCGUGGUUUGGGUUGGGACCAAUAAUCACGAAAACACAGCAGAGGAGGUGGCAGGGGGCAUCGAGGCCAUCGUGCACCUGAUAAACACCCAGCAGCCACAGGCCAAAGUCAUUGUGCUGGGCUUGCUACCUCGUGGCGAGAAGCCGAACCCUCUGCGGCAGAAGAACGCCAAAGUGAACCACCUGCUGAAGGGCUCCCUGCCCAAGCUGCCCAACGUGCAGCUGCUGGACGUGGAUGCUGGCUUCGUGCACUCGGAUGGCACCAUCUCCUACCAUGACAUGUUCGACUUCCUGCACCUCACCGGGGGGGGCUACGCCAAGAUCUGCAAACCCCUCCACGAACUGAUCAUGCAGCUGCUGGAGGAGACCCCUGAGGAGAAACGAGCUGCCCUGGCCUGAGCAGCUGCCCUGGCCUGAGCAGCAUCACCCCAGCCCAUCAGAUCAGUUCUGUCACUGGCACUACAGAAUCCUUCUUUCUUAAAGCACUUUCCAUGGUAGAAUGUGGCCGGAUGCUCGUCCCUAGCAUUUGGAGGGGGAAGGCUCAUCUCUAACCAGGCUUGUACGUACCGAGGGCCGGCUGGCUUGGUUUUAUUGCAGGAGGAAAAUUAGCUGGAGGAGAAGAGUUUUACUUUUAAACCAUUCCUCAUUUCAACCCAGAACAGGACUGUUGCUCUGUGCCCCCCUCCUGUGUCUCAUUGCUCUGUGAUUGUCCUUAGCCCCCCUGUAGCCUGUCUGCCCCCUCCCCGCAGCUCCUAGGCACCAUGCUCUGUCUAUUAGCCUGGCAACAAGAAUCACAUUCCACUGGCCAAAGGCCACAGCAGGUGCAUCUUUCCAA